CUCUGCAGCAUGCUGGUAGGGUAAUGUCUGACAUAAUGCUCUAUUCUGAUUGGAGCGUAUAUACUAGCCAUUCUCUCUCAUUCAAUUAGUGUGCUGCAAAAAGGCUUUCAAAUGGCUCUUCUGCUGGAUCUGUUGGUGAAUGCUGAUGUAAACACAAACCGUUCAUGUACACUUGCGUUUUUCGUGUGUUCUUAUCAGUUUUUAUACUAGGUCUGUUCGCGUCACAUGCCCCAACAUGCUCCUAUUCACCCCAACGCACUCCAAUACGUUGAUUCCGAUGACGCCAACCUAUUAGAAUGCGUUGGAGUGAGUAGGAGCAUGUUGGAGCAUGGCGACGCGAACAAACCAACUGUCUCAAGGCAAAAGAUGUAGAUAGCAAUAUAUAUAAAUAAUAUGUACGUGUGUGUAAAUAAUGUACAUGUUUGAAAAAUGUUUGAUACUGUGAAUUGCUGUGAUUAUAAAGCAGUUUUGCUGUAAAGGCCAUUGUAAUAACAUAAAUGUAGUUGUAAGAUUAUUUCAGUUGACUGAAUUUAUCACAUAGUCUAUAUUUUCUCUAUAAUAAAAGUUUAUCGAUUAACAUCAAAAGUUCAAAAUAAUACAAAAUGAUGCUACAAAGGUUAUACCGACUUACAAAUUGCAACAGAAUUCUUCAAAGAACUGUUCUACGUAAAAAUAUUUACCCAACACGUAAGAGUGAAAGUAAUAUACAAAUUGCCAGAAGGGUAACAAUAAUAUCGCCAUUUACUAUAAUGGGAAUAUGGGGAAUUGUAGAAAACAAAAAUCAAAAUGAAGAUAAAACCCAAAUUGCAACGAAGGAACUUCUUGCUAAAGCAGAUACCCUUUAUGAUGAGGGAGAUUAUAGAAGUAUAUAUGAUCUUCUAUCCAAGUAUAAGGACAUCAAAGAUGUUGAAAUCUUAUGGCGUUUAAGUAGAGCCAUUUAUAAGAUGUCUGAAAUAGCCAGUGAUGUUGAAGCACAAAAGUUAACUUAUGAAGGAUACGACUUGAUGUGCAUGGCUCUUGAUAUUAAAGAAGAUCAUUAUGCAGUGCAUAAGUGGAUUUCUUUAUUUCUUAAUAAUAAGAGUAGUCUGGAAGGCACAAAAGCAAAUAUAAAAGAAUCAUAUAACAUUAAAAAACAUAUACUGAGAGCAUUGGAAUUAAAACCUGAUGAUGCAACGUUGCAUUACAUGCUUGGAUUCUGGUGCUAUGAGGUUUCAAAUCUGGCAUGGUAUCAACGAAAAAUAGCAUCUAUCAUAUUUGCAGAACCACCGACUUCGUCUUUUGAAGAAGCGUUAAUGUAUCUCGAGAAUGCCGAAAAAAUUGAUCCAAAUUUUUACAGCCGCAAUUUAUUAAUGUUAGGAAAGACAUAUUUGAAAUUGAAUCGUAAAGAAGACGCAAUAAAAUAUUUGAAAAAAGCUGCUGAAUUUCCUGCAAAGGAUGACGAAGAUCAAAAAACAAAACAGGAGGCACAAAAGAUAUUAAACAGUAUUUAAAGACAGACCAUAUAGGUACAUAUUUUAAUCUGUAUUUUUUUAUAUUAGAAUUAUGUGGAUAUUUUUACAUUCUCUUAGUAUUGAAGAAAUAAAUUUAGUAUAUUGCGUGUGACACACCAGAAUGACUAAUAUACUAGUAUGAUUAUUCCAUAAUUAUAUAUAAAUGUAAUUGAUAAUGUGUUUAUAUUAUAAUAUACUAAAUUUACUUCUUAAAUAAUAAUAUUAAAAUAUCUGCGUACGUUUAGUCAUGUUGGUUAUAGGGAGCACAAGAAUAAAUAUUUUACACUAAUAUUUGUACAUAUACAAAUAUAUAUAUUUUAUACCAAUUUGAAAUUAAUAAAUGUUGGUAAACGUUA